GUCCUCCACGGGCGCCGCCUCCUCGGCCGCCGCCGCCGCCGUCGCCGACACUGCCGCCGCCCCUGCUCCGUCUCCCUCGGUGGACAUAGCUGGAGUCGGGACUUACGCUCGGCAGCACCAGGGCGCCGCUGCUAAGGCAUCCACCAGAGGACGCCUGUCCCCUGACACUUCCUACCGCUUCGCGCUUGGCGGGAAGAUCUCUGCUCAGCAGGCCAGGUGGCUAGGCCUGCCCCGCCCUCAAGGUCGCCAGCCCCUUCGUCGCCCAGGCGACGGAAAGCUAUGACGUCAUCUGGCGAGGUGUGUUGCAGUCUGCAGUCCCAGUUCCUCCAAACCCAGCGGUGGUCCUGACAGCAGAGUAGACAAAACCAAGACUCACACUUCCCGGGACAUCUCUGCCUGUAUCCAGGACGGGCAUCACCUCAGCUCAUGGUCGGCACGAGCACACCCGCGUGCACUCCUGGGAGCACGGAGGCCUGAGCUUCGCGCCUGUGCGUCUUGCACCCUACUCUAGGGAUCUCUGCGCCAGCCAACUCCAGGGCGCGCGCCUGUCCUCCCAGCACUCUGGGAAGCUGAGGCAGGGAGAUUGCAAGUUGGAGACCAACGUGUGCAACAUAAUGAGAGCCUGUCUCAAAAUAUAAAAGUUCCGGGGACGUGGCUCAGUGUGGAGGAGUUCAAUCCCUAGUACUGGGGGUAGUAUGGAAGGCGGUCUCAGCGGGGUUGCUGAGACUAUUCCAGCGGUCUGGAAUCCCACUCCGACUCUCUUCUCCAGGCCCCGCCCAGCCCUAGGGUUCCGCCCCUUGGAUUGCGGCGGAGGCGGGGCGCCGGAGGCUACAGAAUGGGAAGAGGCUGGGGAGGGGCCACGGGAGGCUGGAGGCGGUGUGGCUCGGGGGCGGGGCCUGCGGAGUUGGGCUCCGGGGCGGGGCUGUGGGCGGGGCUGGUGGGGCUCGGCGCGGGCCCGCGCGAUGCCGGUGUCCGCGGCCCGGGUGGCUGCGGCGGCGGCGGCGAGAGGAGCGGCGGCGGGGGAGGCGGCGGUGGAGGUGGGUUGGCCCGGGCGGCGGACGACGCGGAGGUCGGCAGCGCGCAGCCGGGGCGAUGGAGGCGCAAGGCGGCCGCUGCAAGAUCGUGGUGGUGGGGGAUGCGGAGUGCGGCAAGACGGCGCUGCUGCAGGUGUUCGCCAAGGACGCCUACCCCGGGAGCUACGUCCCCACCGUCUUUGAGAACUACACUGCGAGCUUCGAGAUUGACAAGCGCCGCAUCGAGCUCAACAUGUGGGACACUUCAGGUAGUCCGGACCCCUGGGUCCCCUGGCCUUCAUUCCUGCCUCCGCCUGUACUCAGCCGGCCCCGCACAUCCAUUCCUGUGUUCCUCUUACUAUGACAAUGUCCGGCCCCUGGCUUACCCGGACUCAGAUGCUGUGCUCAUCUGCUUUGACAUCAGCCGGCCAGAGACACUGGACAACGUGCUCAAGAAGUGGCAAGGGGAGACACAGGAGUUCUGCCCCAACGCCAAGGUGGUGCUAGUUGGCUGUAAACUGGACAUGCGGACUGACCUGGCCACCCUGCGGGAGCUGUCCAAGCAGAGGCUCAUCCCAGUCACACACGAGCAGCUCCUCCCCCAGGGCACUGUGCUGGCCAAGCAGGUGGGUGCCGUAUCCUACGUGGAGUGCUCCUCAAGGUCCUCCGAGCGCAGCGUCAGGGAUGUCUUCCACGUGGCCACCGUGGCUUCCCUUGGCCAUGGCCACCGGCAGCUGCGCCGCGCAGACUCGCGCCGGGGCCUGCAACGAUCCACGCCACUGUCGGGCCGGCUGGAGCGGGGCAGCGAAGUCGAGAUACACAAGGACCGAGCCAAGAGCUGCAGCCUGAUGUGAGGCCCAGAGGGCAGGGUAGGAGGGCACCACUGCUGAGCACAGCCCGGGCCUCACAGGGCUUCCUGAACUCUGACACCAGCCAGAGGACUGGGCCAGCAAGUUCUUUCGGGGUACAGGGGCUGUCCAGAUGGCUCGGCCUCUUUAUCCUCUCUCUGCUGGGAUUUAGGGGAGUUCAGGGUGGGCGUCGUCGUCGGCCCUGGGAAGCUGCGGUCACACAGUGACCCUGCUGCCCCACCACGAAGAUCCCCUACCCCUUGUCCCGAAUCCUGGCCCUGGCUUUUGUCCCCACGGUGAGUGCCUAUCUUGUGAGUUUUGUGUCCCUCUCCUCUCCAUCUCUUGCUGUCUGCACAGUUCUAACCUCCAGGCUGGCCAAGCUGGGAGAAGCCCCUGCUACCCCUCACCCCCACCAACUAACCUCCCCUUCCCUUCCGCAACAGUCCCCAAAUAAAGCCAAGUCCAUGGAAAACA